GUAGCAUCAUGUUUUCUGGCUUCAGAAAUGUGAUGGAAAACCUUGCACAACCACAACCUCGACCAAGCCAUCCAGGCCGCUCUGAAUCUCAGGAACUCGCAACAGACUCGGAGCGGUUGAAUCACCAGCAUGCGCGUGGUUCCGCGUCCUUUGACCUGUCCAGCGUUGCACAUUCCACAGGCACUCUCGCCGAGUCAGCUUUUAGUAACCUACGUAAAUCGCUUGCUGCGCAGCGUCCAUAUACAGCUACUUCGCCAUCAGCAGAGUCUCCUCGUGCUGGUAGCUCUUCACCGAAGCCAGACCGCGAGCUUAGACCAGUGUCGAAACCCGGACUUGAGGAGCGAUUGCGCGCGUCUUUUGCUAUCGGGGAUGUAUCUACUUCUCCAACACCGACACCCUCGCAUGCACCCUCACCAGGCCCUCACCGGCCAGCACCAACGAACGAAGUUGUGUCACCCAGAUCGGUCCCUCUUCCCGAUUCUGUACCCACCUCGCCCGUACCAAUUGAUAUACCAGCUCCCAUCCCAUUAUCUCUUCAGAUUAUGGAUGUACCGUUAGAAAGCCAUCCAUUGGCGGAAGAUGUGGUGGAACCUUCAGUCGGUAAUGGUGGGGAUAGUACUGCAAAGAGCAGGGACUUCAAGAUUACGAUUUCGCCUACACCUCGAUAUCCAGAAGCGGAUAUUCCGCUCCCUCUCGCGUCACCUGUACCGACUAAUCUGUCGGCAUCGCAGUCAUCUCAAUCGUCUCAUCUCUCUGCUUCUCCAGUUUUGGAAAGCCCUGCGAAACCAAGCGGAACGGAAGAGGAUACUGAAGGUCUAGAAACCAGACUGAAGCUCCUGGAGGCUCAAUUUAAUGACGUAAGCACUUCUCUGAAGCGAUUAACUGCAAGCCAAGACGCCGUAAACGCCGUGCUUGCGGAACUCACCCCAGUUCGAAACGUGGAAGACGUAGAAGAACUUAGGAAGUGUCUGCAGGAUCUGAACCAGCAACGAAACCUGUCGCAAGAAGAAAUUAAACGCUUGAAUGGCAAGCUGAGCACGUACGACGAGCGGAUUGACGAACUCCGCGAUACCCAUCGUCUAGAAAGCCGCUCACAGACAGAACUAGUUGACAAUCUUCGCAAACAGCUUGAAGAAUCCGAGGCUCUUCUAAAAGCCGCUCAAGUUUCGACGAUGCAGGCAGAGGAGGACGCCCGGGCUCGACAAGUGGAAAUUGAACAGGCUCGUGCAGAGGCGCAGAAACUCAGGAAUACCGCUAAGGACGAAGAGGAGAAACGGGUGAAGGCCGUUAGUCUUCUGAAAACCGUACGGCAAAAACUUACCAAGGCGGAGAAAGAGAGGGAUGAUGCCGUCAAGGAAGUUGAAUCCCUGAAGGAAAAGGAGAGAGCGGCAUUGGAACGGGAAAGGCUUGAAAAAGCAAGAUUCGAAAAUGAGAUUGAAGUUGUUCGUGGCGAAAAGGAGAGGGAUAUCGCAGGCUUGAAGUCUCAUUUUGACAAGGAACUGGCUGGUAUGAGGGAUAAGUUGGAAAAGGAGUUUACCGCUCGCAAAGGUCAAAUAGAGCUGGAGGUUGCAUCGAUCAAGGCAGCUUUCCAGAAGGAAGUCUCUGCGAAGAACGCAAAAAUCCAGACGCUCGAGAACUCCGUCCGAUCUUUGAACUCCGAACGCGAUUCUCUGUUCGAUCAACUCCAAAUGCGACAGGCUGAAGUCGAAUCUUCUCAGUCAGCUCUUGAAUCAUUACAGAGCAGUACAUCGGAAUUGCAGUUCCAGCUUAGAGAAUUGACGGAGCGCAACUCACUCUUGGCAGAAGAGCUGGCUGACGCGCAGAGGGAACUUGAAUAUCGCUUGCAGAAGCCUGCUGCGCCGGCAAAUGAUGAUGUCCGCCUACGUGCUGUCUCGGAAGCGAAGUAUGAGGCGAGGAUUAACGAGCUAACUGCCCGAUUGACGGAGGUUGAGCGCGAUAGAAACGACACGGAAGUUGCACUUAGUCGGAGUCUGCAGCAGAAGACACAAGAGAUUGAAGCACUCAAAAAGAGCAUAGACACGUCUUCUCAGACGAAGGGGGUUACGGAAGAGGAGAUGAUGAAGUUACGGCGUGAGAUCGAAGCCCUUCAACACGAGACAUCCGUGUACAAAGAACAACUAGUCGAGUUGGAUCGUCAGAAGGAUCGUGUGAAUGAGCUUGAGGCAAGGCUACAAAAGCAAAAUUCCGAUUUCGAAGAGCGGUCAGAGCAGUACGAACGUGACGUUGCCGAAGCCAAGGAAAGAGAACGGCAAGUCAGGGCAUCGAACAAAACUCUGCGGGAAGAGCUCCGAAAAGUACAGACUUCAGCCGCAUUCCUUGAACGACAGAGAAAUCCUGGCAUAGGCUAUUGGGGAAAUGUCGCACGGCAUGAGAAUUCUUCCGAAGCAAUUCUAUCAUCCCCCACUCCAUCCACACCAGAACUUGCGUCGACGUCGCGAGUAGGCUCCCCAUCACCCGCAACAAGUGAUCAGGAGGUUAACCUGGAGUACCUCCGAAACGUCAUUCUGCAAUUUUUAGAACAUAAAGAUAUGAGACCUCACCUUGUUCGCGUUCUUUCCAUUAUCCUUCACUUUACUCCACAGGAAACUCGUCGUCUAAUAGCGAAAGUCUAGAUAUCAGCUUACUCACCGUUUAUAAUUGUUUAUUUACUGUUGCAUGGCUGGUCUAUACCGUUGCAUAGAUUUGCUUUCUCUUGUGUAUCCUUAUCAUUUGGAGGACAUUAAUUU